AUGGCACUUGAGCCUUCCACUCCGGUAGAACUGCGCUUCAGAGGUUCAACUCGUGGGUCGCGUUCCGAGCGGGCAUCCUUGCUGCCGACGGAGCCGGCACAUUGGUAUGCUCCCGGUGGACUGCGGGAUCCCGGAGGGCAGGUGCACAGCAUCAGCGUCGACGAGCUCCACGAGGCUGCUCUCAGAGGAGACAUUCAGCUUGUGCGAAAGUUUAUCGAAGCAGGUGCUCCCGUCAAUGCUCCCCUGCGAGUUGCCGGAGGGGACGAGUAUGUAACUCUUCUGCAUGUGAUCUCAGCAAGACGCACAUUGCCGAACGGGCCAGGCAUCGCCUACGAGCUCAUCUAUGGAAAGGCUAAUCCCAAUGCGCGCAGCACUCUGGGUUCCACGCCGCUGAUGUUCGCCUGCUUCCACAAGAAUGCACCCCUUGUGGAGGUCUUGUUGGACACUGAAGCAGAUCCAGAUGCCGUGGAUGAUCAUGGCAAGACAGCUCUUCGCUACGCCGUCUCCCUGCAGGGCAAGGAUGGGUCGUAUGAUGAAGAAGAAAAGAGUGCCCAGAUCAUCGAAAUACUGGAAGAGCAUGGGGGCGAUCUUGACAAAGGUGGAACCAUGGCGCCGAUCGCGGAGGCCACUGCCGCGACAACGGCUCUUCUCAUCCCUCGGGCCGCUGUGACGUGA